AUGACUACAAAUUUGAAACGUGCCUUUGAAAAGGCUAAAAAGCAAAACCGUAGUGCUUUAAUCACGUUCGUCACUGCUGGUUACCCUACUAUUAACGACACUGUCCCCAUUUUGCAAGGACUGCAAGCUGGUGGCGUGGAUAUUAUUGAGCUGGGAAUUCCCUUCAGUGACCCAAUUGCUGACGGUCCUACCAUUCAAGCUGCCAACACCAAAGCAUUGGAGAAUGGUGUUAAUAUAGAUAUCUGUUUGGACAUUGUUAAACAAGCCAGAGCUAAAGGUGUUAGCGUUCCUAUCGUCUUAAUGGGCUACUACAAUCCAAUUUUGGCUUAUGGAGAACAAAAAAUGAUUGAGGCCACCAAAAUAGCAGGUGCAAACGGUUACAUCAUUUGCGACCUGCCUCCUGAAGAAGCUGUUAAAUUUAGAGGUUAUUGCGCUAAGCAAGGUCUAAGUUAUAUUCCUUUGGUUGCUCCCGCUACCACCGAUGAGAGAUUGGAUGUUCUGAGCAAGAUCUCAGAUUCAUUCAUCUAUGUCGUUUCUAGAAUGGGAACCACAGGUGCACAAACAAAAAUGUCUGACACAUUGCCUCAAUUGGUGAAGAGAGUAAAAAGCUUUGCGGGGUCAAGCCCAAUUGCUGUAGGAUUUGGUGUCAGUACUCGCGAGCAUUAUUUGGAUGUUGGGGCUUCUUCUGAUGGUGUUGUCAUCGGAAGUAAGUUAAUCAACGUUAUUGACGCAGCACCUGAAAGCUUAAGAGCUGAUGCUGCAAAGAAGUUCGUCAGAGAAAUUCUUGGACGUACAGAUGAUACUACUAUUACUGAUUCUUUGAGUGACAAUGACAACGAGAUUCCAUAUCAAGAAAUUGCAACUGAGGAAACUCAGUUCAACGAGGUUCACAAAUGUAACCCUCAUUUUGGACAAUUUGGUGGUCAGUAUGUACCUGAAGCUUUGCACACUUGUUUAGCAGAACUAGAGAAAGGCUUUGAUGCCGCGGUGGCUGAUCCAGAAUUUUGGAAAGAGUUUAAAUCUCUUUACCCCUAUAUUGGAAGACCAUCUUCCCUUCACCGCGCUGAAAGACUAACUGAGUACGCUGGUGGAGCCCAAAUCUGGUUGAAGAGAGAAGACUUGAAUCAUACAGGGUCUCAUAAAAUCAACAAUGCUUUGGCUCAAGUAAUUCUUGCUCGUCGUCUAGGCAAGAAUCGUGUUAUUGCUGAGACUGGUGCUGGUCAACAUGGUGUUGCAACUGCUACUGCUGCUGCCAAAUUUGGUAUGAAAUGCACUGUUUUUAUGGGAGCAGAAGACGUUCGCCGUCAAGCCCUCAAUGUUUUCAGGAUGAGAAUCCUAGGUGCAUCUGUUGUGGCUGUCCAGGAAGGAACAAGGACUCUUCGGGAUGCCACUUCUGAAGCCUUCAGAUUCUGGGUGUCAAAUCUUGAAACCACUCACUACGUUGUAGGAUCCGCUAUUGGACCUCAUCCAUACCCAACAUUAGUGAGAACUUUUCAAAGUAUUAUUGGAAGCGAAACUAAAGAACAGUUCAAGGAACUGAACGAUGGGAAGCUUCCUGAUGCCGUUUGUGCUUGUGUUGGUGGAGGGUCCAACUCUACAGGUAUGUUCUCACCAUUUGAAAAAGACGAAUCUGUAAAGCUUUAUGGAUUUGAAGCCGGUGGAGAUGGUAUUGAUACACCUUACCAUUCGGCUACUUUGACUGCAGGUAAGCCAGGUGUGUUUCAUGGAGUUAUGACUUAUGUACUACAAGAUAACGACGGCCAAAUUCAUGAUACACACUCUGUUUCAGCUGGUUUGGACUACCCUGGAGUUGGUCCUGAAUUGGCUGCCUGGAAAGCAAAUGGUAGAGCCCAAUUUUCCGCUGUAACUGAUGCCCAAGCAUUAGAGGGAUUCAAAAUCCUGUCUCAAUUGGAAGGGAUCAUUCCAGCACUAGAGUCUAGUCAUGCAAUCUACGGCGCAUUGCAAAUUGCAAAGACUAUGUCUUCGGACCAGUCCUUAGUUAUUAAUGUAUCUGGAAGGGGUGAUAAGGACGUCCAGAGUGUAGCUGAGAUUUUACCUAAAUUGGGACCUCAAAUUGGAUGGGAUUUGCGUUUCAGCGAAGACAUUACUAAAGAGUGA